AUGCGACUCGUGUGGGUCGACUCGGAGACUGGGGGAUAUGAGCCGCAGCGGCGACGUGCCUAUCCCUGCGAAUUGACCUGGGACGGAUAUCCGACCUGGACCUUGAGGGAGCUGGGCCAUCUGAUCACGCACGCAGAGAAAAAACGGUGUCGAUGUCCCCUGCAUGGCCAUCCCAGUCCGUUUAUUGCUUUCUCAGGCUAUGAAUCGAUUAAUGCCUCGUCCGCCCAAUUCGAGGAGACGACGCCUCCGGAAGAGGGUACAGACUGCCCGGAAGGCCAGCAAACUGAACCAUCAGAGAUCACGACCCCUACCACGUACACACCUCCUUCGCCACAAACAACCGAUUACAUUGACCAUGCAAAUCUUGGUCCUCUCACGAUCUCUAUGCCGGCAGAAUUGUCGACGUCUUUGAUACCAGAUGGAUCACGCGAGGAUAACGAGCUCUUCCACCACUACAUCUCUAAUGUGUCCGUUAUGAUGACCCCAAUUAAUGACGAUUAUAAUCCAUGGAAGUCGACAUACCCGUGCCUCGCGGUGCACGACGUGACUUCAACCAGCACUCGCUCUCUGUUCCACGGCAUUCUGGCCCAGUCGGCAUUUCACCUCUCCAACCUCGAUGUGCCAAACCCUGCAAGCUAUCGCAGGUCGGCCACGCAGCACUUCGGCAUCGCGUUGCGUCACCUCCGUCGCAGCCUGGCCAGUUCGACGGAGAAGUUCAGCAGUACGCUGGCGGCAAUGCUGACCGUCACGCUCGCCGAGCACGUCUUUCACGGCCAGUCCAAAGGCUUGAGGCAUCAUCUCCAGGGUUCUAUCCAAUACGUGGCGCAGUAUCUGGGGCACAAGCCUUGGCUUACUUCUUACGAGGCGUGGGUAAUCACGCAAAGUUUUGUUCUGCACACGCUCAUGUCUCAAAUUGCGGGCGGCAGCGCGACCAACACCUCCAGUACGGCCAUGACGCUCCAUGAAGUGCUGGAAGAUGUCACGGCCGACCCUCGGUUCGCAUAUACGCUCGGUAGCACACCUCGGUUGAUGAAGGCGUUGUACCACGCCCGCCUCCUCGAGGAACAGCUAGCCGCGAGAGGGUCUUUCCGGGGUGGCAAGCCUGACCUGUCAGAGGACGAACUGCUUCAGGCCAGCAAGAUCUUCGUCGCGCUUAACACCCCCCUGGACGCAGAGGUCGAGCUCUACAUGAGCAGACAGCGGCCGAUCGAGGCACCGGCACAACAGCGGAAAUUCAUCGUGUCGAACUUGAAUCUCUUUAACUCCGCUGUGACCAUCUACCUCCUUCGCGUGGUCUUGCGUUAUCCACCCUCGACGGUCGCGGAACAGGUGUCCCAAACUCUUUCUGCGGCGGUGGCGCUCCUCGAAAUGGACCGCGCCGCAGUCUCGAUCUGGCCCAUCUUCAUCGCCGCCGCCGAAGCCUACACGGCCGAGGCGCAGGCACUGGCGGAGUGCGUCUUGAGCCUCUCGACGAGCUUUGGAGCCGCCAACCGUGGGGUGAUUCACCGGGUCGUGAAGCAGAUAUGGAGUGAACGCGAAGAGGUCGCCGCGCAACGGCAGUGCGAGGUCGGCGACAUCCUCGUGGAUUGGAGGGAGGUGUUGAGGAACCUGGAGGUGGAGAUUCUGCUGCUCUGA